AUGAAAUAUCCAUUAACAAAUCUGUUCCAAAAAGGUAUUAUUAACAGCAAUUGGGUUACGAUUGAUGGUUACAAAAAAGUAUUAAGAAUUUUAGACAAAAUAAUUUUCAAGGACAAUGAUGACAGCAAUGAUGAAUCACAAGACACUGAUUCUCUAAAGAGUAGCAGCAGUUACGAAUGUUAUGAAGAUAGUAACAAUAGUAGCAAAGAAGAUGAAGAUGAUAUGCAGAAGAGAAAAAACUUGUUAAGAAAUCUGAAGAAUACAUAUUCCAUUGAGAAUUUUUCACAUGACUGUCCAUUAAUGUCAUUGAAUGUAGAUUAUAAUAUCAACUGGACUAUUAAUAGUAAAACCAGACUAAUCAAAAAGUUUUAUAGUUCCAUUAAGAGAAAUUCCAUCUAUGCUACCUUUACACCAUCAUUAGUAAAAAAUAUACCAGCAUCAAAUUACAAUGAGGGUACCUAUGAACAUGAAAUUGGUUCAUUUUUUGAUGUUCUGUUAAAUUUUAAUGAUGUUCAAGUAGCUUGUGAUAGAGUAUAUGGUCAUAAGCCUGAUUUUCGGGUUUUAUAUUAUCUUCAGUUUGAGACAUAUGAAUUAGCAUUUUGUGAAAUAAGUGGAGCUCCUGAGCUUGUUGACACAAAAAAAUUUAAUGCUGACAAGAACAAACUAUGUAGAUUUGGAUCAGAUGCAAAGGCUAGAAUGCUAAAAAAAAUUUAUGACAUAGAUAGUGGCUAUUUCUACAAAAAUCUUCAAAAUUUGCUCAAAAUUCCAAUCAUGUUGAUACAAGUUUAUUGUUCAACACUGUAUAUAUAUCAAUAUACACAAGAAGCAAUGGUCGAUCUUAGAAGCAGCAAUAUUUAUUCACCAAUUGGAAGCUUUAUUUUACUUGAUGAAAUUGAAUAUUUUUUUGAAAAGCAAACAGAGUUGUAUCAAGUUGAUUUCAUCACUAAGCUAUUGAAAGUAAGAGAAUCAGUUAAAAAAACUUUGUCGGAGAUUAAAUUACACUUUAAUGAAGCAACUAAGGCUCCACAUGAGCCAGCUCGCAAGCCAAAUAACUUAGUAGGCUCACAAGCCAGCUUGCAAGCUGAAUAA